AUGCAUGACGCCUUCGAGCCGGUGCCGAUCCUGGAGAAGCUACCUCUGCAGAUUGACUGUCUGGCGGCCUGGGAGGAAUGGCUUCUUGUUGGAACCAAACAAGGGCAUCUUCUCCUCUACAGGAUUCGGAAGGAUGUUGUGCCAGCAGAUGUAGCAUCACUUGGAAGUGGCAGUUGCAACAGAUUUGAAGUAACUUUAGAAAAAUCCAACAAGAACUUCUCCAAAAAGAUUCAGCAGAUCCAUGUGGUUUCCCAGUUUAAGAUUCUCAUCAGUUUGUUAGAAAAUAACAUUUAUGUUCAUGACCUAUUGACAUUUCAACAAAUCACUACAGUUUCAAAGGCAAAGGGGGCAUCUCUGUUUACCUGUGACCUCCAGCACACUGAAACAGGUGAGGAGGUACUGAGGAUGUGUGUGGCUGUGAAGAAGAAACUCCAGCUAUAUUUUUGGAAGGACAGAGAAUUUCAUGAACUACAGGGGGACUUUAGUGUACCAGAUGUGCCCAAGUCCAUGGCAUGGUGUGAAAAUUCUAUUUGUGUGGGUUUCAAGAGAGACUACUAUCUCAUAAGGGUGGAUGGAAAAGGGUCCACCAAAGAGCUCUUUCCAACAGGAAAGCAACUGGAACCCUUGGUGGCACCUCUGGCAGAUGGAAAAGUAGCUGUUGGUCAGGAUGAUCUCACCGUGGUACUGAAUGAGGAGGGCACCUGUACACAGAAAUGUGCCUUGAAUUGGACAGAUAUACCAAUUUCCAUGGAGCACCAGCCUCCGUAUAUCAUUGCGGUGUUGCCUCGGUACGUGGAGAUCCGGACAUUUGAGCCUCGGCUGCUAGUGCAGAGCAUUGAGUUACAGAGACCCCGCUUCAUUACCUCUGGAGGUUCGGACAUCGUCUAUGUGGCCAGCAAUCAUUUCGUUUGGCGGCUUAUUCCUGUCUCUAUAGCAACCCAAAUCCAGCAGCUUCUCCAGGACAAGCAGUUUGAACUGGCACUGCAGUUGGCGGAAAUGAAAGAUGAUUCGGAUAGUGAGAAGCGACAGCAGAUCCAUCACAUUAAGAACCUGUUUGCUUUUAACCUCUUCUGUCAGAAACGUUUUGAUGAGUCCAUGCAAGUCUUUGCAAAACUUGGGACAGAUCCUACUCAUGUGAUGGGUUUGUACCCUGAUCUGCUACCCACUGAGUACAGGAAGCAGCUGCAGUAUCCCAACCCAUUGCCAGUGCUCUCUGGGGCUGAACUAGAGAAGGCUCAUUUGGCCCUUAUUGAUUACUUGACUCAGAAAAGAAGCCAACUGGUGAAGAAACUCAAUGACUCUGACCAUCAGUCAAGCACCUCCCCGCUUAUGGAGGGCACCCCCACUAUCAAGUCCAAGAAGAAACUCCUGCAGAUCAUAGACACCACAUUGCUUAAGUGUUACCUCCACACAAACGUGGCCUUGGUGGCUCCAUUGCUGCGCCUGGAGAACAAUCAUUGUCACAUUGAAGAAAGCGAGCAUGUGUUGAAGAAGGCUCAUAAGUACAGUGAGCUCAUCAUUCUUUAUGAGAAGAAGGGACUUCAUGAGAAAGCUUUGCAGGUGCUGGUGGACCAAUCUAAGAAAGCCAACUCCCCCUUGAAAGGCCAUGAGAGAACAGUGCAGUAUCUUCAGCAUCUAGGCACAGAGAACUUACAUUUGGUAUUUUCUUACUCUAUCUGGGUGCUGAGAGAUUUCCCAGAAGAUGGACUGAAAAUAUUUACUGAAGAUCUCCCUGAGGUAGAGGCUCUGCCACGGGACCGGGUGCUGAACUUCUUAAUAGAGAACUUUAAAGGCCUGGCUAUUCCUUAUUUGGAACACAUCAUCCAUACCUGGGAAGAAACAGGAUCUGAGUUCCACAAUUGCCUCAUCCAGCUGUAUUGUGAAAAGGUCCAAGGACUAAUGAAGGAAUACCUUAGCUCCUUCCCUAUAGAUAAAACUCCAGUCCCUGCUGGUGAUGAAGAGGGGGAGCUGGGAGAAUACCGGCGAAAGCUCCUCAUGUUCCUGGAGAUAUCUAGCUGCUAUGAUCCAAGCCAGCUCAUCUGUGAUUUCCCUUUUGAUGGCCUCCUGGAGGAAAGAGCUCUCCUUUUGGGGCGAAUGGGAAAACAUGAACAAGCCCUCUUCAUUUAUGUCCACAUCCUGAAGGAUACAAGGAUGGCUGAAGAGUACUGCCAUAAACACUAUGACCGAAACAAAGAUGGCAACAAAGAUGUGUAUCUGUCGCUGCUUCGGAUGUAUCUGUCUCCACCUAGUGUUCACUGCCUGGGGCCAAUCAAGAUGGAGCUGCUGGAACCCCAAGCUAAUCUCCAGGCUGCCCUACAGGUCCUCGAAUUACACCACAGUAAACUGGACACCACCAAGGCCAUCAAUCUUCUUCCAGCCAACACUCAGAUUAAUGAGAUACGCAUCUUUCUGGAAAAGGUCCUGGAGGAAAAUGCUCAAAAGAAACGUUACAAUCAAAUCCUCAAAAACCUUCUUCAGGCCGAGUUCCUAAGGGUCCAAGAGGAGCGCAUUUUCCACCAGCAGGUAAAGUGUAUCAUCACUGAAGAGAAAUUGUGUAUGGUGUGUAAGAAGAAGAUAGGGAACAGCGCAUUUGCCAGAUACCCCAAUGGAGUGGUUGUACACUACUUUUGUUCCAAAGAGGUCAAUCCAACUGACACCUGAGUCUUAUCUAUGCUAUGAGGUCAGUGGACUACAAUUCCUGCGUUUCCCAGAAGAAUGGAAGGAGUGGAAGCUCCUUAGGAAAAGAGAAUACUUCUAAGAGGAGUCUUCUCAUUUGGACACUGCUCGGUACCUUACAACCUGGAGCGUCUCUGGACUAACUCUACUGACAACCCCAACAAUGUUGGCUUUUUAAGAGGAAGAAAAUGACUUGUAUGGUUAAGUUGCUGGCAACUUUAAGGAAUCUCUUUGAUACUUAGGAUGUGAAGUAGAUGCAUCCUCUGGUGUUUGCAUUAUUACACACUAAGAAAACUUGUUUGGAGCAUUUGUAACUGAAUGGGAAUUUUUCCAUUAAGAACCUUUUUUGCAAAGGCAAGUGCAUGUCUUCACAAAGACUUAGAGGCCACACUAACUGGACAGUCCAGUGAGAAGAGAAAAUUCUACAAGCUGCACCAUUUGUGUAGAUGGAACAGCUAACUUUCUAUUUAAGGAUGUGUUGUUUUUUUUCCUCUCUCUAGUAUUGGAACUAGACACUCCCAAGACAUUUCCCUCUUGACUUCCUCCCCUUUAUCUUUGUCUCCUUUCACUUUUAUUUUGUCACUUUUUCCUUCUUACUCUCUUCCACAGUUUCCGAGGCCAGGAAUGACAGGUAUUUGGCACUAUAUAAUGUUUGACAUGUAUGGGAUUAAUUCUCCCAAAUUUUUGUAUCAGCUCUACAAGUGUUAGGAGAAUGUGGGUGAGAAAUGUAAAUAUGUCCUUUAUGCACUGCACAAUCAAUCACUCCUCCCAUUGGGAAUGGGAGACCUGGAGGGCAUCAAUACCUUUCUAGGAAAGGAAUCCUACAUCUACCCCACUUUUCAGUGGAGAAUGUGGGUCCUGCCAAGUUAUGACAUCAGAAAGAUUGGACCAGCAUCUGAGCUGUUGAUGUGAGAGCAUCCUUACAGACCCUGGCAGUGUUGGCUCCUCCCAGCUCAUUCACCAGCAGCAAAGUUAAAGUUGGUUUAAUAUUAGCAGAUAAUGCUACACUUUGUUUCAAGCACCUCCUCUCCCUGCUGUUGGCUAGUUCAUGCUUGCACACCAUGCAGAGUAUGUCUGGUUCCCAGUCCGCCAAUUCAUUUUGAGGGAACUGGUGGAUUGAGUUGCAAUUUGUGGGUGGUUGGGUCUCUGAGACAUUAAGAGAAAUAAUCCAGUUAAGAGCUAUAGUAGAGAGAGCUCUAGGACAUUUCACUGUGGCAUUUGGCAUCUCUUUUUGUGGGCAGUCAGGAUUGCCUUCAAGCUUGUGGGGUCUAUAGACUAUUGCCAAGGGAGACUAGUAAUAGCCUGAAGGAGUCCCAGUCCUCUAUGGACCCAUGUGUACUCUCUGAAGACAUAUUUGCCCCCAGAUCAGCUAUAACAUUUUGGCUCACUAUUGAGAACAGUGAUGGAGACAACUGGAAAUAAGUUCGAGAGAAUGAAGAGUCUUUGGGAAAGCUGUGAAGCAAGCAGACAGGAAGAGACUGGACUAGUUAUCAAUUCUCCCAUAUAUACAUAGCAGAAGAGUACUAGCACCAAGCCGACAAGCAGGUAGCUUGGACCUGGGUAAAAGGGCUCUCCUCAGCUUUCCUGCCUUUGAAGCCCUCCUGGAGGUAUAGCUCAUGCUUCAUUGACCUAACACUUGUCUCUGGUUUCAUUGAUUGUGAGCCAGAUUUGUUCAAAGCAAUAGAAUUAAAGAGUAUGUCUGGUCUUACAUGUAGCAAGCUGCUGCUUUGUCAGCUCCAUCUCUCUUCCUUUAGCCUCUACUCUUUGGGUCGUACCCCUAUCUAGUACCUCCUUUUGGCAGAAGUUUGCCCAAAAUGAGGUUUCGCCUACCAUGUUUGUCUUAGUUGGGUGUGAAACUGUCACAGCUACUAAGUGAGGUGUGGGAAAGGCACUGGGGAAUCAGCUUUAUGGGAUGAGCUGGUGACAAUGAUGAUCUCUUGUUCCCUUCAAUAAUGAUAAUAAAAUUUAA